CAUCGCUACUGACUACAAUAAGAAGGCAAAUCGAAGUUCUUACCAUGAACAAAAUCAUCGUCUACGAGCAUGGAAACUUCAAGGGGAUGAGCAGGGAGUUCACCAAAACUGUUCCAAGUCUAAUUGAUGAAAACUUCAAUGACUGCAUUUCAUCCUUAAUGGUAAUUGGUGCCCCUUGGGUAGCUUAUGAGCAUUGUAACUUCAAAGGCCGACAGUUUGUCUACGAGGAAGGCCAGUAUGCCAGUGUUGAAUGGAAUGAUGUAUUUUCUUCCCUGCAAAUCAUCACUGACAACCUUGAUGACCCCUUGAUCACUUUAUAUGAACAUGGUAAUUACGGUGGAAGAAAGAAAGAUGUCACUAUUGAAACGAACCUGUGCUUUUCUGACUUCAAUGACACUGCCUCGUCCCAUAUUGUGCAUAGAGGAGUCUGGGUCCUGUAUGAACACGGAGACCGCGGAGGCCGGCAAAUCAUUGCUCGAGCAGGGGAAAAGGUGGCAAACUACGGUGAUCUCGGUUUCAAUGAUCAGCUCUCCUCUCUUCGUCCACUGCAGUACGGCUCCCCUACUGUGAAAGCCAAAAUUCAGUGGGAGAAAAUGGUCAAGGAGUCGGACAAGAAUGUGAAGAUCGAUGAACUCGUCGUAGUAAACGAAUCUGACACUGAGCAGUCGUUUUCUUCCACUGCCACCAAAGAAUAUGAAACCUAUGCCAGCCAGAGCAUCUCAUUCAGCAACUCCACCACAAUUACUGUUGGUAGUAAAUUCUCCCUUGAUAUCGUGCCUGGUGUAGGAGUGGAGACCAGCAUCUCGGCUUCCAACACCUUCACUGUUGAAAAAGGAAAAACUGAAUCUUCAACUUCAAGAGAGAAGACUGAAAUCAACCUACCUGUCAAAAUCCCUCCACAUACAGAAUUAACAGUUAAUGUCAUGAGAAAAGAAAUGUCUGUGAGGGUGCCAGUAGAGUUUACUGUCACUCGAGGUAGUAACACUAAAAAAGAAUACGGGGAAUACCGGUGCAACUCGGGGAGCUCAGUGCAUGCUGAAUAUUCAUCUAAACAGCUGAAAUGAAAUAGAGAAACGAAGAUAAGGAAAUGCUAAUCAUAUUCGGCCAAUAAUUGAAAUGUAAACUGGGAUUUGUUUUUAGUUUUUUUACUAACCUCUCCCAGUAGUUAGUACU